GCUAGAAACAUUGUUUCCAUCUUCAUUUUUUCAUCUCAAAAGAAAGAAAAAAAAUAUGGGCAGAAAUUUGUGUUUCCCUCUAGUUAUUGUGGCUUUAUUUCUGGUCGUGGCAACGACGUCGACAGCUAACGGAACAUACAAUGUCGAGAGCUACGGAGCGAGACCGGACGGGCGGACCGACUCGACGGGCGGGUUUCUCAAGGCAUGGGAUGUGGUGUGUCGGUUGAACCGGGCGGCCACCAUUCACGUCCCCCAGGGGAACUUCUUGCUUCGCAACGUGUUUUUCCAGGGCGAAACGUGCAAGAACACGCGCGGGAUAACGUUCCAAAUAAGCGGAACGCUUCUAGCCCCUUCCGACUACAACGUCAUCGGACACUCCGAGACGUGGAUCAAGUUCAACCGGGUCAAUAACGUUUCCAUCGUUGGCGGAACCCUAGACGCCCAAGGGUCCGCUCUCUGGGAUUGCAAGAACUCCGGCGAGAGUGGCUGCCCUAAUGGAGCAACGACAUUAGGAUUUUACAACUCGGACAACGUGGAAAUAACGGGACUAACGUCCCAAAACAGUCAAAGGUUCCACAUAGUGAUAUAUGGGACCCGCAAAGCGAUGCUACAAGGAAUAAAGAUAUCGGCGCCGGAGGACAGCCCUAACACCGAUGGAAUUCACGUCCAAUCGUCCACCCAAGUUACCAUCCUCAACUCAUUUAUCGGCACAGGCGACGAUUGCGUCUCCAUCGGCCCCGGCACCACCUACCUGUGGAUCGAUGGCAUAGCUUGCGGUCCUGGCCACGGGAUAAGUAUCGGGAGUCUAGGGUGGGCCAUGCAGGAAGCCGGGGUGGAGAACGUGAAGGUGAAAAACGUUCAAUUCACGGGGACGGAGAACGGGGUGAGGAUCAAGACAUGGGCCCGGGCGAGCAACGGGUUCGUCAAGAACGUGUUGUUCCAGCGGGCCACCAUGGUCGAUGUCCGCAACCCGAUCAUCAUUGACCAGAACUACUGCCCCCACAACCAGGCCAACUGCCCCCACCAGGCAUCCGGCGUGAACAUCACCGGCGUCACGUUCCGGGACAUACGCGGGACGUCAGCCACGCAAGUCGCCGUCGCGCUGCAGUGCAGCAGCAGUCGGCCGUGCAGAGGGAUCACGGUAGACGAGGUCAAGCUCACUUACAAUGGCAAUCCGGCUCAAGCUUCAUGCGUCAACUCCGGCACUUGUCCCCGUCUUUUCCACCGCACCUGACCCUGAUGCUCACCGCGCCCAUGCUCGCUCGCCUUAUUCCUAAAUACACAUACUUCCUCCGUCCUAUAAUUAAAGCCUCAUUUUGAAUUUUUUUGUUAAAUUGUGACACUCUUUAAUUACAAAUUAAAUAUAUUCUUAAAUGAAAUAAAUAUUAUUUUAUAUAUCAAAAUUAUGUCUUAUAAUGAACCUAGCUAAUUAUA